AUGACAGAUGAACAGAAGAAGGCUGCAAGCCUUGAGCAACGUUGGCAAAAUGCACUUCUGGAAGAGCAGCGUCUGAACGACUUGGAACAGCGUGUUAGCCGUGACGAAGUCGCCGCGACAGAACUAGGACAGCUUCCCAACUUCCCACGCAAGUUCCUCUGCAUACAUCCGCUCGUGUACCACAGUAUCUCGGUGGUACCGGAGCAUCGGCAGCUGUUUGUAAAGAUGGCCUUUUGGGACUGGGUUGCCGUGUGCAUUCUUCUCGUAGCCAAUUGCGUGGUAGCUAUAGGUGUCACCAGCGCUCCCAUUCGUUCCAACGUUGCAGUUAAUCACGACAUUAACAAAGUACUGAACGGCGUGCUUGCUAUUCUGUACCUCAUUGGUAUCCCACUGAGCUUUUUGCUUUGGUACUGGCGAAUUUACCGAGGAUGCUCGACGGGCCGCCCACCGCAGCACAUUUUAGCAUUGUGCGGCCUCUUCAUUGCUCUGGCGCAGGCCAUUUUUGCCCUCGUUGGCUCCGAAAGCUACGGAGUCUGUGGUAUUAUACUUGCGAAGUGGAUUCAGGAGACGCGUGCAACUGGCGUAGUGGUACCUGUAGCAGUCAUAGCAGUGCUCUGGGCUGUGCAGGCCGUCUUUACGUGCUACAUGAUUACUAAGAUGUUCAUCUUCUACCGGAGGGAUCUGGCCGCCCGCCGUGCCGCUCGCCGCCACGGCAUAAACGUUGUAGGCUGA